AUGGCAAAAGCAAACAUGGUGUGGACUGCUUACAUGUUUGUGAGCUGUUUUUUAAUUUCAAACGCUUACCGGUUGCCCGUGCAAGUAUACGAAAUAAGAAAGACUAGAGAUAGAGAUCCCAGGGUUGAUAUACAAUAUUAUGACCCAGACUUAGAGAGAAUCGGUAUACCUAAUAACAAUCAGAGGAAUAUUGACGAAUUAGCAAACUAUAUUAUCGAGAGCUUGAAGCGUGUGCCUAAGAAUUACGAAGAUACCAGAAGUGUCGAAGAAGAUGGUGUGUUUGUAGAUGAAACGAGAAGUUUGCCUGUUGUUAUAGUUCCUAAUGACAGAAUAGUUUAUCGCAAAAAACCUACAGACUACAGGGUUCUUCAUAACCUUUUACACUCUGCUCUCCGAACAAAUGAUGCUGAAGACAGAACGGCAGCACCACGACACCGUGGUACCUAUGAUAAAGAUGAAUACUAA